AUGGCAGCCAAGCCCCACGCUCCGCGGCUGCCCUCGGGCGAUGUUCUCAUCGGCAGGGGCGACCGUGUCGUCUCGGUCGCGUUCGUCAAGAUCCACGUCUACGCGCUUGGUCUCUAUGUCGAGAGCGCAGGAUGCCGUGCGGCCCUCCUGCCAAGGUUCGCGGGGCAGAGCCACGACGAGCUGCUCGCCGUCGGGCCCGAGUUUUUCGCCCAAUUUGUGGGCGGCUCCUUCAAGAAGACGUUCCGGCUCGUCUUUUGCCGCGCCCUCCCCAAAAACAAGCUCGUCAAGGGGUUCGAGGAUGCCUUCAAAUCCCGGUGCGACGCAGAGCACAAGGCCGACGCAGAUCGGGUGCUGGACGCGCUCGUGCCUGACAUCGGCGUGGCAGAGGACGACGUGCUGACGAUACAGCUCGAGGCAGAUACCAAGACGCUCUCCAUCUCCUUCCACUCGGCGGCCACGCAGGCCGAGGACAAUCGGCUGACCAUGGAGAGCGGUGGCGAGGGUGGAUGCUGGACGGCCUUCCAGAGGAUUUUCUUUGACGAUGAUACCCCAGUCCCCACCAUCCGCCACGGCGCCAUCGCAGAUCUCCCCGACGUGCUCGCCGGCGAGGGCAACACGGCGGGCGAAUCACGCGGCGCGCUCACGCGGCAGCCCACCGCAAUGCAGAUUGAGGCGGCCGUCGAUCGGGGGCUCUCGCACGUGCAGCGGAAGCAAAUGACCUGGAGCGAGUUUGCAGGCCGUGACGACGGAGGCGACAUCACCCGAGGCCUGCUUCUACAGCUGCAAAAGGGCAAAUCGCCAGGCGACAAGAAGUCGCCCCUCAGGUCCCCCAAGUGGGGUGGCGGCGGUGGCAGCGGAGGUGCGGCCGUGACCAGUGCGGAGCUGCAGCUAAAGAACCGCGAGCUGGCUCAAAACAUCGCAGUGCUCGAGGCUGAGAAGGACAAGCUAGUCAAGAACCUGAGCCGAGAGGCCUCGGAGCGGGCGCGCGUGCUCCCGGUGCUGGUUGUGGCGCUGUUCCUCCUGGUUGAGCUCGUGUGCGGCGUUCUCGGCUCCGAUCCGGCCGCACGCUGGGAGGCGGCCAUGAGGCAUUCGCUGCUCGCGGCCGGCGCAGCCGCGCUGCCAAAGUUGAUAGAUCGCGUCAUUCUCGUAGGGGAGCACGCGAAGACGAAGUCAGAGUAA